UCGUUACUCUUCACGAUAUGUUUUGACUCUAUGCGGAAGUUGUGAGUUUCAUAACAAUAUUUAUGUUGUAGGCGGUUGUAGGUGCUGAAGUGGUAAAAUUAAUGAAUUAUAUUAAAAGGUUUUUCUUUACGAAAUGGUUAACAUUGGGCUUACAAAAGUGGACGACGCACUUGCAGCCAAACAUCCGGGUUUACAACAAUAUGCUGCCUGUCAGUCUCACGCCUUCAUGAAAGGGACCGGAACCUUUGUCUUAGGGACAGCAGGAUUUUUUCUCCUACAAAAAGUUAUUCAGAAGAAGCUUCCAUAUCCUCUGCAGUGGAACCUGCUCCUUUCAACAGUGGCUGCGUCCAUGGGUAGCUAUGCCGUGACACGCUGGGAGACAAUGAAGUGCAAUGAUCUAUGGAUCCUUAGCGAGACAGGAGCAGUAGCAGACCGGACAGCACACAGUGAGUAUAGAUGCAGCAUUAGCAGAGCCAGCCGCCAAGGAACCAGCUGGACCUCAGAAGACCUCAUAUGGAGAUGUGAUGGAAUGAGCAAGUUGAGAGAACCCCAGUCCCCUGCUUCACACCCACUACAUGGCAUUAUUUACACAAUAUGUCCCGUGUUGCUCAGCUGGUAGGACGUGGCGGUUGCAACACCAAGGUUGUCGGUUCCAUUUCCAUGGGGACAAAAAAGUACACAAAUGGUAUACAAAUGUAUGCACUCUGUGCUUUUUGUCACUCUUACUGUGUAAGUCUGCUAAAUAAUGUACAUUUAAUAAACACUUGUAUUUAUUCA